AUGCCGAGGGACCGCAUUCCGUCGCGGGGCCAAUUGCUCAAGCGCAAGCGUCCACAAGACACCAAGAAGGUGUAUGGCGAAGUUUUGCUCGAAAAUCAUACUUCUGACACCGAUAUUUUUCAAACUCCGGAAAACGAAAUCAUGAUCAACGGAAUCAAGAAACUCAAAUCCGGUCCAAAACAGACGGAAACGAGCCAGAACUCAGCAACAGUGUGCUUGUUGGUCUCUGCUACCGAAGCAGACUACUUGGUAAACGACAAUUCGUUGGAUAGCCACCUUAAAAUGGAUUUGAAUAUUGGCGAAUUUUCCAUCUCCAGUCCAAUUGAAGGCUCAAUUGAUAGGUUUGUCUAUAUAAGUGGAGAUAAGGUAUGUGUGCUGCGGGCAGCUGUGUACCUCUCGUUUUUGCUUGCCGCGAGGGUCAGUAGCGUGGCUCGGUUGCAACCAUUUACAUUAAAAUCGUCCAACUAUUCACUCACUUUGGUGACGAAAAAACUCACAAUUGCAACCCAUAAAUAUUUGGUGGAAAAUGCCGGUGCUGGCCGGUUCGAGUCUAGUACUUACGCAUUGAACCCAGAAGCAUCGCUUUUGUAUGUCGCUGGCGACUUGGGAAGCUUGUAUAACUUUUUGGUAGUGCUCACCAGUUCGUCCAUUCUCGCUCCAGAAGAAGCACAGUUGUACCCAGCCGACAUCUACGCCAACGUUAACAGUGCAGGUCUCUACAAACGGUCCCAGGAAAACGACACCCUUCUCAACUCGAAAUCUCACGAUAUAUUUCGUCAUGUAUAG